UAUUACUGAUACACGCCCCUUAUAAACUUCGAGUAAGCAUGCCAAGCCAACUUGGCCCCCAGUAAGGUAUAUUUUUCCUGCGGCGUGCUUUUUGGAUGACGGUAUGUGCGCUUGGCUCUCUCAUAAAUACGCGGGUAGGUGCUGCUACUCAGGAAGUAUAGAGCACCACCGAGGAAUAUCGAACUAAAAGCACUCUGAUUCCCUUCGAAAAGCUUCCAACGAUAAUUUUCGCCAUGAAUUUCUACUCAUCCACCCUGCUGAUACUCUUCGCGGCCAUUUCAUCUGUCCAUGGCCAGGACACGGUGCAGCUGGUUACGGGUUGCGAAGACUCCGAUCUCACCCAAGCCAACUGGCAAGCGAACGACAUCGACGCGACCAUAUCCGGGACACCGGGAUUCGGGCAAGGAGUCGCCAACUUCCCCAAAGCGUUCAUUCAAAACGCAAACAGCCGCGUCCCAUUCGAAUGCGCAGACUUUGCUGUCUUCGGGCAGUGCGGACCCGUCCCGGACUUCUUUGUCGUGGACGGCCCGGGCGGCGACUGUAAUGCCUUCGCCAACUCGAAUCCGCACAUUGGCUUCAUCGCCAACGCAUGGAUCAACAUCUUCAACAACCUGCGGAACAUGAACUUCGCCGUCGUCAGCGCGGUCGGCGACAUCUCCGGCAGCCCUUUCAUCGAGGACAUUGUGAACGACGCUACCGCCGAGCCCUUGCCUAUCAAGCGCAGCGUGCUCAUCACGCUGGCGAAGCUCAGCUUGAUAUUCGUCCCCGUCCCGGGCGCGCAAGCUGGCGCCGCGCUCAACGGGUUCCGGACCACGGUGCCGCUGUUCAAAAAGCUCGCCGGCCAGGCUCUCAACCAGGCCAACCCGGCCGAUCUCGAGCAGAAUAUCGAGAACCAGCCCGCAAUCCUCCGCUCGCUGCUGGGCAGCAUCGUGCCCUGGGUGCAGAACAACAUGAAGGCACAGAACGACGACGUCUUCGUUACCAACCACGCGACCGGCGACACGGCUAUCGGCGACUUGCUCCUCGGCGGUAAUCACAUGAACACUCCCCCCUCUGAAGCUGAGUACCGCGGCUUCAUGAACGACAACAUCAAGCUGUAUCUCCUCGCGCAGCUGUGGGGCAACAUCGGCAUGAACCUUGUCUUUGCAGACGGCGAGGGCCUUGCGACAUGCUCAGGGUCCGGAGUCGUGCACUCCAGGGGCUGUGCUAGAUUCAGGCUGCCGGUGAUCGAAGGCAUUAAACCGACCGCAGCAGUUGGAGAUGCCCCUCGCAGCCUCACUGCCGGCAUCGGGCGGCUGGGCGUUAGCGGCGUGGAUGCCGAGGGCGUCAUUAACAACAUCUUGGAUUGCGACGAGGCCGGGAGCAGCUUUGAGAACGUGGACUUUGAGGGCUUUAUUACGAGUGGAGGGACAGGGUCAUUGCCGGCGUGCUUGUUUGGAAUUCCGGUGAGCCGCUCUUAGGUGUCAUGCCCGCAUGUCCUCAAUGGUGG